UGAACAAGAAGUUAGUUUCCACCUUAAAAUGUUAUCAUUACUGUUUUUUAUAACAACUUUGUAUUACGUUGAAUGCCUUGACCAGUCAUCCUUCGAACUGCAGGUCAGAUAUCUUGAGGAUAUCGUGAAGAGAGAGGUUGAAAGGGCAGAAACUUAUAAAAAAAGAGAUAACAACAGAGAUCUGAUUGGAACUGCUGGAAAUGCAAAACCCAUAGAAUUUGGCAACUUUGACUUCAUCGUGAUUGGAGGUGGAACGUCAGGUUCAGUUGUUGCCAACAGGUUGACCGAAAAUCCAAAAUGGAAAGUAUUACUUCUUGAAGCAGGAGACAUCAAUGAUGAUUAUACUGAUAUACCUUUCGUCUUCGAUGCUUCAGCAGCGUCUGAUAGAAAUUGGGGCUAUACGACAGAAAACCAAAGGAAUGGAUGUUUUGGGAGAGAUUGGAGACGAUGCCCUUAUCCACGUGGAAAAAUCUUAGGUGGAUCAGGGACCAUUAACGGUCUUUUCUAUUCGAGAGGCAUCAAAGCAGAUUACGACAAAUGGGCUGAUGCAGGAAAUCCAGGGUGGUCAUGGAAUGACGUUCUGCCAUAUUUCAAGAAACUGGAGAAUUACGAAGCCGCUAACAAGGACCCGAAGUUAAGAGGAACUGGAGGGCCCGUUAACGUAGGUUAUAUAACACCAGAAACUCAGCCUAUGAAGGCCUUCCUUCAGGCAACCAAGGAAAUUGGCAUACGAUAUGUCCAGGAUUACAAUGCAGGCAAUAUAAACGGCGCUUCAUGGCUUCAGCACACCAUCCACAAAGGCAAAAGAGUGAGUGGUGCGAACAACUACGUCAGGCCAGCUUUGAAUAGAACCAAUUUCAACUUGACCCUUAAAGCUUUCGCUACAAAAAUUGUGAUAGAUCCAAAAACAAGGGUGGCUACAGGGGUGGAGUUUGUGAAGAAUAAUGUGAAAUAUGUAGCGAAUGCUACUAAAGAAGUGAUCCUCUCGGCUGGUUCAAUCAAUUCUCCACAGCUGUUGAUGCUUUCAGGAAUAGGACCAAAGGGAGACUUGGGCUGGUUUGGGGUCCCACUUAUUCAUGAUUUACCAGUGGGACAGUUCAUGAAGGAUCACAUAUGGUUCACUGGGCUUCACCUUAGUUCUAACUACGUCGAGCCAACUCUAUCGACAAACCAACUCAUUAGGAAAUAUCUUGAGGGAACUGCCCCUCUGCACCAAAGGAGCGUGGCUUACUUCAAUUCGAGAAAUUGGGGUUCUCCACUCCCCAACAUCGAACUAGCUUUCGCCCCUCCCUUCCCAACAGAAUUGAAAUUUCCCACUUUUGAUACUGCAAAUGCGGAAGUUCGUAAUUUCGAGAGCAAAAUCGACAAAGCAUCCGACUGGCAAUUGCAGCUAUCACUGCUCCACCCAAAAUCUUCUGGUAUUUUGAAACUGAGGAGUAAGGACCCUGUCGAAUUUCCAGCGAUUGAUAGUGGUAUUUUCGAUAAUACGGAAGACCUAGAAGAUCUGUACAGAGCAAUUGAGUUGGCGCUGAGCCUUGCCAAUACUUCUGUUGGAAGAAGUUUCAAUUUGACACUCAAUUUGAACCUUCCUUCCUGUCCCAAUGCCAGAUUGAAAACCGAUCCUAGGGAACAUUGGUACUGCGUUUUACGCCAACUGGCUUUACCAGCGUACCAUUUGUCUUCGACAGUGAAAAUGGGUCCUGGUAGUGAUCCGCAGUCCUGCGUCGAUCACGAACUGAAAAUUCAUGGCGUGAACAGUUUGAGAGUUGUAGAUGUUAGCAUUGUUCCGAGUACCGUUACUGGUCACAUCAACGCCCAGGCUUUCCUUAUUGGAGAAAAAGGAGCAGAUUUGAUUAAGAAAGAUCAUAUGUAACAACUAAUAAAUUGAUUUGUGGAAACUA